AACAAAGCUUGCUUGAGAGAUCACAAUCACCGCUGACUACUCUGGAAGGACUCUCCGUCAAAUCUGCUGUUUUAAUGAACAUCAAAAAACGCGUUUUGCUCGUUUUUUGACUGGAUAGUUUAGAAGAAAUCGAGCUGCGCCGGUCCGCUGUUCACUAACAGGCAGAAAGUAACAGGGCAGGCAUGAACAUUGCACAUCUUUCUCUGGAAAUGCAUCAGUUCCGCCGGUCUGCCUCGUGACUCCAGCAGCGACCGAGAGCCGAAGGACCGCGGCGCUGACAGCAGAUGAACCCGGGCCCCCGUCCGCUCCGGUCCGCUCCCUGAAGCGCUGAUGCUCGCCUGGAUCCGGAGGACCAGAGGCAGCUGCACUGGGAGGCGCUGAAAUGAGAUGAGGCUCAGACAUGGAACUGUUGCCACUGCGAUUGUUUUCUUCACGUCGUUUCUCAGUCUAUCCUGGUACACGGCUUGGCAGAAUGGCAAAGAGAAGUUGGUAGCCUAUCAGAGGGAGUUUCACGCCCUGAGGGAGCGUCUGCGUGCGGCGGAGCACCGAACCCUCCAGCGCUCCUCUGAGCUCAACUCAAUCCUCGAGCAGUUCAGACGGGCCAUCGCAGAGACCAACGGCAGCAAAGAUGCUCUCUCCAACUUCUCAGAUGAGACACAGAAGCUGCUGAAGGAGUUGGCUCACAGGAAGCCCCUCCAGGUGCCAAAUAUCUACCACCAUCUGCCUCACUUGCUCAACAAUGAAGGCAGCCUGCACCCUGCCGUACAGGUGGGCCAGGGACGUACCGGAGUUUCCAUGGUGAUGGGCAUCCCCACGGUGAAGCGGAAAGUAAAGUCAUACCUGUCAGAGACACUUCACUCACUCAUCGAUAAACUCUCGGCGGAGGAGAAGCUCGACUGCGUCAUUAUAGUCUUCGUAGGAGAGACGGACAUAGAUUACGUAAACAGUGUGGUUGCAGGCCUUGAAAAAGAGUUCUACACAGAGCUGAAUUCUGGGUUACUGGAGGUCAUAUCUCCCCCUGCCAGCUACUAUCCAGACCUCAUCAACCUGAAAGAGACCUUUGGUGACUCAAAGGAGAGGGUGAAAUGGAGGACCAAGCAGAACUUGGACUAUUCCUUUCUAAUGAUGUAUGCUGUGAACAAAGGGGUCUAUUAUGUCCAGUUAGAGGACGACAUUGUUGCCAAGCCCAACUAUUUUGCCACCAUGAAAAACUUUGCCCUACAACUCGCCACUGAGGACUGGAUGAUUCUCGAGUUUUCACAGCUGGGCUUCAUUGGUAAGAUGUUCCAAGCCCCAGAUCUAAAUCUUAUUGUGGAGUUUAUCUUCAUGUUUUAUAAGGAAAAGCCCAUUGAUUGGCUGCUGGAUCACAUACUCUGGGUCAAAGUAUGCAACCCAGAGAAAGAUGCCAAACACUGUGAGAGGCAGAAGUCGAGUCUACGCAUUCGUUUCAGGCCCUCUUUGUUUCAGCACGUAGGCCUGCACUCCUCCCUUGCUGGGAAAAUCCAGAAACUCACGGAUAAAGAUUUCCUGAAACCUCUGCUGCAUAAGAUUCACGUGAACCCGCCAGCGGAGGUGUCCACCUCUCUUAAAGUGUAUCAAGGUCAUACACUUGAGAAAACCUACUUGGGCGAAGACUUCUUCUGGGCCAUUACUCCAAUGGCUGGAGACUACGUCCUGUUCAAGUUUGAUCGGCCCGUCAACAUAGAAAGGUUCCUCUUUCGCAGUGGAAACCAGGAGCACCCAGGAGAUAAAAUCGAGAACGCUACCGUCGAGAUCCUGCCCUUUUCGGACACUGAAUUGAAGACCAAGGAGAAAUACAAACGAACAGAGGACCGCUUCUAUAAACUUGCUCAGUUUGAGAAAGGAGUGGCAGAGGGGACGGUUGACCCUGUGUUUAACCCUGUGGUGGCCGUUCGUCUGGCGGUCCAGAAGGACUCCGCUGUGUGGGCAAUUAUUAGCGAGAUCCAUAUCAAGAGGAUACCUGGGUAACUACUGAAUGUCUCCAGUGGACGAGACCUUCUGGUCAGGACCUUCAAGACAGGGUUGUGCUGCUCGCAUCUACAGCGGAUCAAGAGUGACCCUCACAUUAUCAGAGAGCGUGAAGUUCUUCACCUGUUAAACUUGACUUUUUAGUCUUUUUCUUUUUGUCAUUUCAUCUUCCUCUGGUAGAUUUGCCAGUUUCUCUUCUCUUCUACUUGCCUUUGCCUCUGUCGUCACACUUUGAGUUACCUUUUCCUGUUCCCUGAAUUCUGUUGUGUGAAUGUGACUACUACUGUACAGAAAAAAACAACAACACUUUGACAAUGUUUUCAGACAUUAAAUUUGUGUUGUGGAGGAUUGCAAUCAUCGCUGUCAUUAAGGUUUGAGGUUCAGGAAUCAAGGCUGCACCAAUGCUGGAGAAUACGUCCCCUCCUGAUGAAGACUGUCCUCAGCGCUCUGCCGUCAAGGACCGUAACUGACCCGGGGUCAGAUAAACACGGCUGGAUUUCAGCUGAGGGAUGAACGAGUGGGACGACAGAAGUUUUUGUUUCAAAGUACUUUCUUUUUUUUCUUUUUUAGGUUUUAGGCUGUUGAUUUUUGAAACUCUUUUAAGAACAUUUCGAGACCAGUUUAUUAUUUUAUUGACUGCUUUGCCGAAAUUUAAAAAUCAUAUUUCUAUAAACAAACAGCAUAUCUUUGGGCCUUUACUUGGUCAACAGAAGUGGCUUUUCUUCCUCUGUGUUGGUUUAGGGUCAACGAAUGAGUCAUGGUUUUCAAUCUGAAGGUUUUUAAUUGCUGUUGUUGUUAUUAUUAUUAUGACGAUCUAUGAAAGUGAAUUAAUUUAUUUGAAAUAAAUCUUUAAUUUGUACAAAAGGUAAAUGCUCUUAUCUUAUAUUCUUUGGAAGUGUAUGAUGUGGCAGAGAGUUUAUUGUGGCUUAAAGUCGAGUGAUGGUUGAUGUUUGUAUCAUCUUUGUGUAGUUGAGAAGGGUGCAGGGCCGCCCACCUCUGUGCCUUAACAUCCAGCGUCCCAGGACUGCCUUGCGCCCCUGUGACAAUACGCUUAAAUCAUCAACAGAACAGCUUGUUCGUUGCUUGAUUUAAGUGAGACAUUCAAGAGCAUGGCAUGUCCAUUUUUAUGUUCCCGAGUCUUUCAUGUCAUUCAUUGAGCAUUUUCCAUCUCAAAUAAUCUGCUUUCAUCAUGUUAGUCAGAAAACGUGCUCCUUUCUAUGCUGUAUCACAAGUAUCUGAAUGUUCAGUGAGUCAUGAUUAAGUCCAGAUGGAAUCUGCAGAUUUUGUUUCUGCACAGAAUGAAUUUAAAUGUGGUGAAAUGAUUAAUGAAGCUACUACAUUUUAAUAGUAGCUGAAAACACAAUCUACAGAGUCCCUACAGAGACAAGGAAAUAAAAUGAGUCGAUUUUUCAAAGAUCUUGCUUCCCUCAAAGUGUUUGCAUUUCACCAAGAAACUUUGUUCUUUCAGAAAUGUUUUGUGUUCCCUGACAAACUUUGGGUUAAGCCAAGAGUUUUUAGCAAAAAUAAAUAGAAGAAACCUGAAGUAAUUCAGCCAUACAUUUUUCUUGCCAUUAAAAUAGCCACAAAGUUUGUUCAUGUUUAAUAUCACACCAGCUUCUGUGUUUGCUCGCAAUACGUUUGUGAUGGAAAUAUAAGGUAGAACCACAAAUUAUAUUUGCGAGAGAAGGCAAAAGUUUUACUAGAUAUUGAAAAGGUUUUGCAAGCGAAUGCAAAGUUUCUUGGGGGAAUCGCAUCACUUUUUGCGAAUAGAAUUUUUGCGAGAGCUAUGCAAAGUUCCUCGGGGGAGUGUAGUAGGCUACUUUUGCAUGUAAACGUAGAAGUUUUGCGAGCGAUGCAAUGUUUCUUGAAGCAACGCAAUACUUUUGCAAUUGCUUCCAAAAUUUUGUGAUUAAAAUAUGAGGUAGGGAAAAGAACGGUUUCAUAAAUCUUUGUGAGAAAACAUUUUGCGAGCCAAUGCAAAGUUUCUUGGGGAAACGCAGUACUAUUAACAAGUGAACAUAAAGGUAUUGUGAACAAAAAAAAAAAAAAAUCCUUUAAGUAAACACUAAAGUUUUGCAAAUGAACACUGAGUUUCUUGAGGCACCAUAAUGCUUUUACAAACUAAUGCUAAUGUUUUGCAAGCAAACUUGUUUGUUUUUCAUCACCUUGUCUAGGGAUUCUGUAACAAUUAAAUUAGCCACAAUAUGUAAAAACGUAAAGAACUUGAUGAAUGACUGCAGUUCAGGGGUUUCAAUAGAGUGCUGCUGGUGCCGUUUCAAUGUGGACCUGGUCGGGAGCAAAAUAUGACAAUGUAAACAGAUUUAUAAUAGAAAUUGAAUGGAACUGCUACAUUUCCAGCUGUUUCGCUGGUUUUGAUACCUGGAUUUAUUACACUGUACAUUUAUUAUAUUGUUACGCUACGGUUCGUAUUUAUUUUACUUGCAGCUCCUGACAUGGAACUUGAUGGUGACGUAACUGCUGUACAGAUUUCCGAAGUGCUAUCAUCUCAUGUGAUUGUAUGUAUCUUUAAUAAGAUGAAAGUUGUAGUUCAGUCUGUCCUUGUAUAAUUUCAGAAGAUAUCCUUUUUAGAUGCAUAAUGUACAGCCUGAUUUUAGUGACUACUUGGAGCCGGAUGUGUAUCGUAGUGUGUGUUUUGUAAUAGAAAGCCAAUUUACUGUCAUACACAUUUGUUUACAGUUUGUUUAUGAUCUCUCCUGAGAGGAGAGAUGGAGAUACAUUCUUGUUCUGAGUGUAGAACACUGUAUCAUCGUUCUCCUUCUUCUGGAGAAAUUGACUUGUGAAACCAGUGGAGUGGUUUUCAUCAUGUUUUGCCAUAUUGCCUUUUUAGUCAGAUUUGUGCUCAAUGAUUUGCUUAGCACUGAAGGAUGGAUUGUUGUCUGUUGCCCUCUCGUUAAACUCUCAUGGGCCGGAUCCCCAUCAGCGCAUGUCCAUCUUGAAAUCCUCCCUUCGUUCUUACAUUGAGAUGAAUCAGACAUGAAACGUGCUCCUCUUGUGUGGUGCAUUCUUGACUUUCAUGUGCCUUCAUCUGUCUUUCUCCAGCUCUGACAUGGAUUUGAAUAAACUGUUCCAAAAUAAACCAGUCUUGACAUAAUUCAUCA